GUUUGUUAUCACCGGCUGUCAUGAGGGCGCCACCGUAUCAGAGCAUCAAACGAGCUGAAACCUCUUCAAAUUUGACAUUUGCUUUUGAAUAAACACGCAUUUUACAGCUUUCAUUUUCGUACGUGCAUAAAUACUCCAAUAAAUUUACUAAUUUACAGUUUGGAAUUGUCGUUUUCAAACGAAAUUCAACAACUUUCAACACGUAUUCGAUAUAAAUGUUUGUAAACGUUUACUAAACCAAAGUUUAUUCGGAGUGGGCAAAUCUACUUAUAAAUCGGUGCAAACAUGUACAAUGGAAUUGGAUUGACCACAGCCCGUGGCUCUGGUACAAAUGGCCAUGUUCAACGAAACCUGUCCUUCGUUCGCCAGGGAAAAAAGGACAAUGUAAAAUACAAAAAUGAAGCGGAGCUAUCACAAGCAGAAGCCAUAAAUAAUCGUGGUCCAAACGAAGAAAUUCUUGAGCAUGAACGAAAGCGUAAAAUCGAAGUAAAAGUUUUGGAAUUCGAAGAGAUUUUAGAAGAACAGGAUUAUACACCGGAAGAAAUAGCAGCGAAAGUGCAAGCAUUUCGAGAAAAACUCUUGGGCGAAAUUCAAAACGAACAAUUGCCAAAGGAUGAAUUUGGGCGAUAUGCCGUGCGAGAAACACAUCAAUUAGCAGCUGCAAAGCAGGAAAAGAAUGCAAUGUUACGUUCAGCAUUUGGCAUUUCCGAAUACUUUGUUGAGGGCAGCAGCUUUGACGCAGAUCGUAAGGCAAAAGAGGAAUUAGCAAAAAGUGCCGCACUACAGAAAGAGUUGGAAGCCCAGCGGAACCUUGAAAGCGCAAAAAGUAAACAAUACAAAUUGGUUAGAACGCCAUCAAGAGAACGAGAACUUGUCAAUGAAGAGCCCAAAGGAAAGUCAAUUGAGGAAAACAAGGGAAAAUUCAGCGGAGAAAAAUCUAAAAAACGGAAAAAAAGCGACAAAUCGAAUGAUCGACGCGACAAAAAGAAGAGAAAGGCCGACACAAUUGACAGUAGCUCAUCGUCAUCGGAGAACGAUUCACCGCCCAAAAAAUCGCGACGCAAGCGAAAACAUUCUAGUAGUAGUGAUAGUUCAGACGAUUCCAGCAAUUCCGAUUCAGAACCGUCGAAAAAGGAAAAGAGGCGCGGCGGCCAAAAUAAAGAAAAGAAAAAGCGAUCCGAUGAUCACACUAAAAAGUCAAAAAAGCAACGUCGACAUUCCACAUCAUCAAGUAGUUCUGAUUCGGAUUCAUCUUCGUCUUCAUCCUCUGCUUCUUCUUCGUCAUCAUCCAGUGGCACUGGAUCUGACUCACAUCAAAAACGUAAAAAUCGACGAAAAUAAGCGAAUUCCGCAAUUUUAUGAACUUCUGACGUUGACACAUGAUAAUCUAUCAAGUGAAGACAUCCAAUCACUAUUCAUACCCUCUUUAUCACUUUCAUUUUGUACACAUAUUUGCAAAUAAAUUAAAAUUAUUGAAGAAAAAAAAAACACUUAUCGCCCAUAUUCUCGCAAAAAAAUAACAAACAAAAAAUAGGCUUGUAAUCAUGUGGUUUAAAAAUCAAGCAAAUUUUCUUGGUUUCAAAUCGAAUUAAAUAAAUGUGAAAUGUUGAAGGAAAAAAAA